GAGUAAUGUCAAUCCAAUCGUAGUGAUAACUUCAAAUUUGGGGUCGUUACAGGCCGCUCAGUCGGAAAGCGAGAAGAAAUUAAAGAAAGAAGAUAAGAAAAAAGAAUUGCAAGAAUUAAAUGAGCUCUUCAAGCCUGUGGUCGCUGCACAGAAAAUUAGCAAAGGUGCUGACCCCAAAUCCGUGGUUUGUGCUUUCUUCAAGCAAGGCCAGUGCACUAAAGGAGACAAGUGCAAGUUUUCUCAUGAUUUGUCUCUGGAAAGGAAGUGUGAAAAACGAAGUGUCUACAUCGAUGCAAGAGAUGAAGACCUCGAAAAAGAUACAAUGGAUAACUGGGAUGAGAAGAAGCUGGAAGAAGUGGUGAACAAGAAGCAUGGUGAGGCGGAAAAGAAAAAACCCAAAACUCAAAUAGUCUGCAAAUAUUUCCUUGAUGCUAUUGAAAACAACAAAUACGGAUGGUUUUGGGUCUGUCCGGGCGGCGGAGACAACUGCAUGUAUCGCCACGCUCUCCCGCCAGGCUUUGUGCUGAAAAAGGACAAAAAGAAGGAGGAAAAGCAAGAUGAAAUUUCCUUAGAAGAUCUAAUAGAAAAAGAGCGUGCUGCCUUAGGACCAAACGUCACCAAAAUAACACUAGAGUGUUUUAUUGCCUGGAAGAGGAGAAAAAGACAAGAAAAAAUUGAUAAGGCUGAGCAAGACAUGGAGAGGAGGAAAGCGGAUUUUAAAGCUGGCAAAGCACUGGUGAUUAGUGGACGUGAAGUCUUUGAGUUCCGACCGGAGUUGGUUGAUGCAGACGACGAAGAGGCAGAUGACACCCAUUACAUUCAAGGAACGGGAGAAGAUGACGAGCUGGAAGACCCCGUGUGCAUAAAUGAUGUGGAUUUGAACCUGUAUGUCCCGAAGGCCGUGGAGGAGACGGGUAUCACCGUGGCUAGUCCUGAGCGAUUCAGCACGUACAGUUCAGUAGAGAAGGAUGAUAAUAAGUUAAGUGAAGCUUCUGGUGGUGAUAUCAACAGCUGUAAGCAAAAUGAUUCGGAGGAGGAUAACGAUGGAGAUGAAGAGCUGGAGAACGGAGUGAUCGAUGCAGUUCCAGUGGAUGAAAAUCUCUUUACCGGGGAGGACUUGGAUGAACUAGAAGAAGAACUGAACACUCUUGAUUUAGAAGAAUGAAUAAAAAGCUCAAGUGAGAAGUUACAUCUGUGUGACAGAGUGAAAACUGACUACGUUGUUUUUUUUCCUUCUUUUUGAAUAGAAAGCUGAAAAAGGAUGUUUAUGGUUACCCAGCUGA